GUCAUUCCCACACCCCGCUGGGUGUGAAGGAGGCUACAUACUUCCCCUAUUGGGGAACACAGUGACAUGUCACUAGUUUGAAAGGGAACAUGUAUUCAAAUUAUAUUCCCUCGACAAAGCAUAAAUAAUAAUGGAAUAGCUCAACAGUCCAAGCACACAGGGAGGUCUAGACGUGGGGCAAUAGAAAACGAGCGGUCAGUUUUGAAGUAUACAAGAGGAAAAGUCAGACUGGUAAGCACAGAAUAUCGGAUAGGAUUGGAAGAAUAUGGAAAAUUAGAAGCAAGAGAUCAAAAUAACAAGAAUGUUGAUAUGAUAUGGGGUGGUCAUGCCGACAUCGGCACUAACUACACCCCGCGCUCACUCCAUGACCCGAGGCAAUCCACAGAUCCCCCGACCCGAAUGAGGUCACUCUACGCAAACAACUUCUUUGAGAAACACAUCACAAGACACCAAUACUUCCUCAAAUCACACUCAACCACACUUACCACCACUCAGUCCACCAUGUCCUCCAACCCCACAACCGCCGAACUCUACGAGCAAGGUCUCCAAACCCGCCGCGCCGUCGUCGGCGAAGCCCACGUCGAGCGCUCCCUCUCCAGCGCAAACGCCUUCACACGACCCAUGCAAGACAUCGUCACCGAAUUCGCCUGGGGCAACGUCUGGAACCGCCCGGGCCUCGAUCGCAAACAGCGCAGCCUGAUCAACAUCGGCAUGCUGACGGCGCUAAACCGCUCGCUCGAGCUGGGGGUGCAUGUGCGCGGCGCCGUCAACAAUGGGCUCAGCGAGCUGGAGAUCCGCGAGGCUAUUAUCCACGCUACGGUUUAUUGCGGGGCGCCUGCGGGAAUGGAGGCCAUGCGGACGGCGGAUCGGGUGCUGGCUGAUAUGGAGGAGAAGGGAGAGAUGGUGAGGGAGUUGAAAUGAUCCCCUCGCUCCAUUGUGGCCGAAUUUCGGUUGUCUGUAUUUUUUACCUCAUUCAUUUAGUCAAUCUCGGUGCGAGCGGGCUGGUGGUGCCUUGGUUUAUUGUGUCUUUUGCUGCGUGGGUGAGACUGCUGACUCCUAGUCGAUGGAGAUGGACAUCCCCGAGACGAAAUUGUACAUAACUGAGUCUCGAAUCUUUGUUCGACGUUCCCGGACGGAGCUGAACGGAGAAGAUUCUGUACAACCGUGCGGUCAUCUUGAUGCCUGAUCAGAGCUGUUUAUCAGAUUGCAACCAACGUGCCUAACUUCCGGUAUAGAUAGAGAGACAUCUUGUUAUGCACAUCCUUCGGAAAGGGAUUUGCUUUUGAGCUGAUCUUGGUAGGCGCAUCGCGCAUUGGACUGCUGUCGCGGCCCAGUAGGACAUAGCAUUGUCAAAAGGUAUGCCAUUGUCAAGGAAAAAGAAAAGAAAAGACAAGAAAAAGAAUAUGAAUAUGAAAAAGGGCAUAGAAAAGAGGAGGGAAAGAGAGAACGAGACCAAAGAAAAAGGAAGGAAAAGAAAGCUACUCGCUCUGAUCAAAACAGCCCGUCCGCAUCGCGAC